AUGAAACCGGACAUCAAAAGUGGCAAUUUCACUAGAGAAGAAGAAGACGCCAUCAUUAACCUCCACGAAUCACUCACAAUCUGGUGGUCGCCGAUUGAAAACUGCCUGCGGCAAUAA